UUUUGGAGUUUGAAGGUUGUUUGAUUGACUUCAAGUGUUGAGCGGUUGGUAGAAUGUGGUUGUUUGUUGGGAAUGUAUGUGGUGUUUCUUAGUUUGUGUGAUCGCUCAGAUAUCGGAUAUCAGUAACUCAGCUGCUGGUAUUUUUCAAUUUGCCAUGAUCGGAACAUGAACUUAAGCACAAGAUACAUCCUAGCUCAUUAGUAAAGUAGUUUUUCGAACUAGUUGGUAUACCUGGUGUAUCGUUUUUAUUUUCGGAAAUGCAUCGAUUUAUCUCCAAUUGAAGUGGGAUCCAGCGGGUGAUAUAGUCAGGGUGGUUCCUUUCUUUGGCUGACUUCAGGUCACAGAAAAGUAACAAAGAUGCCUAGUGUGACUACAACAAGUACUGUCAGUUCAUCAGGAGUUCGUUUAAUGCGUAAAACUUCAUGUACUGGUACCAACGAUCAAGCUAAUAAUUCUUCGUUUCAACACAAUCCUGACAGAAAAUCACUAAGAGAUCAACCAAAUGUAGGGAAAUAUAAGUUAAUUCGUACACUUGGUCGUGGUAAUUUUGCAAAAGUCAAAUUAGCACAACAUGUUUCAACUGGACGUGAAGUUGCUGUGAAAGUGAUCGAUAAAACUCAGCUUAAUCAGGCCAGUUUAAAAAAACUAUUCCGAGAAGUGAAUAUUAUGAAAAUGUUAAAUCAUCCAAACAUUGUUCGCUUAUAUGAAGUGAUCGAAUCUGAGCGUCAUGUAUAUCUAGUAAUGGAAUAUGCAGAAAAUGGCGAAGUAUUUGAUCACUUAGUAGCUCAUGGUCGAAUGAAAGAACGUGAAGCACGUGCUGCAUUUCGUCAAAUUGUUUCAGCAGUUGAAUAUUGUCAUCAAAAGAAAAUUGUACACAGAGAUUUAAAGGCUGAGAAUCUUCUCUUCGAUGGAUAUUUUAAUAUUAAACUUGCUGAUUUUGGUUUCUCCAAUCUUUUUGAUGGAUCUAAAAAAUUAGAUACUUUUUGUGGUAGUCCACCAUAUGCUGCACCGGAAUUAUUUCAAGGACGUAAAUAUGAUGGUCCAGAAGUGGAUGUAUGGUCAUUAGGUGUAAUUUUAUAUACACUUGUCAGUGGAUCAUUACCAUUUGAUGCACAACAUUUAAAAGAUUUACAAGAACGUGUAUUACGUGGCAAAUAUCGUGUUCCAUUCUAUAUGUCAACUGAUUGUGAAGCAUUACUUCGUAAACUAUUGGUAUUGAAUCCAGCCAAAAGAGUCACAUUAAGGAAUGUUAUGUCUGAUAAAUGGUUGAAUAUUGGCUAUGAAGAUAAUAUUUUAAAACCAUAUACUGAACCACCUCCGGAUUAUAAUGAUACAGAGAGAUUAGAAAUUAUGCGUAUUAUGGGUUAUCGACCGGAUGAUGUUCGUGAAGCUUUAAUCAAACAAAGUUUUAAUAAUGUCACAGCAAUUUAUCUAUUAUUAGCUGAUCCAAAAACAAGAUUAACUUUACCAGCUGGUAGUCUUUUUCCAUCUAAUCAAUCACAAUCAUUACAUGGGAAUACAGGACUUAAUCAUCAUCAUCAUCGCCAAUCAUCUUGUUCCGAAGGUAUUACAAUUGCUGCCUCGUCUACUCCUGCUACUGUUACAGAAGAUGAAACUACUACAUCAUCGAAAGGUCAAUCUUCAUUAGACAAUCCCAAUGGGAAUAAUAACAAUAAUAAUAAACAGAAAACUAAUCAAAAUGGAUUAACAUACCAGAAUAAAAAAGAAUCUGGACAAGACGAUAGUGGAUCUCAAUAUAAUGGAGUACGACGGAUCAGUGGUAUCUCUUGGAUGAAACAAAGUGCAAGUGCUGGUCCAACAGCGAAUAGGCAAGAGAAAUCUAGUGUAGAUGAAAAAUCUCAUCUGCUUCCACGUAUUCGUGUAUCUGACCUACGCGAACGUGCUAAUGACUCUAAUCUGGAUGAUUCUUCUGGUCAAGAGAAAAUCGAUGAAAGUAAAGAUAUAAUGAUAGAAUCCUCUAGUGGUGGUGAUCAAUUAUCUGUACGACGUAUGAAUACUUUUAGUAUGUCAGAUAAGGUUCGCCCGAAUGGUUCAGAUUCCCAGUCACCUGGUUUGAAAUGUCCAUUGUCUAGAGCACCACCAAUGUCAAAUAUACCAAACUCACUAACUACUCCAACAACUAGUAGUAGUGAAAAUUCACCGGUCAAACAGUCAGCUGACAAGUCUUCUUCGUCAGCAUCAUCUUCAUCAUCGUCACCUAGUAAGCAGAAUGGUAAUGAACAACAAACAAUUAAAUUAAAUCCAGCUGUUCCAUAUUCAGAAGAGAAUCCAACACUUCCGUAUCGAAAAAAGCAUAAAGAUACUUCAAUUCAUUCCAAGCCUAAAACAACAACUUUACCCAUUACUACUACUACUACUAAUACUAUUAAUAGUAGUAGUAAAGUUCCUUCGAAUGAUACUAAUUCUAUCAUUGAUAUUUUACAUACAAAUGAUCGACAAAAACAUCAACAAAGUGAUAUCAAUCGUCCAAGUAUUCCUUAUUCUUUAUUUAAUAUUAAUAAAACUAAAAAAUCGAAAAAAUUAUCAACAAAUCAAUCGGAUGAUUAUCAGAAGAAUAAUAAUUUGAAUACAAAAAUACCUGAAUCAUUCACUUUCACUGAUAGUCAUUCUUCAACAAUGGAUCCAACAUCUUCAUCGGGUACAAUGAAUUCUGCGAAAAUUACACAACAACAACAACAACAAAAUAAUAAACAAUCUUCAUCACCUAGUGGUCGAAUUACAUUGCCUGAUUCCAUUUUCAAGGCACUUGAUACAUUGAACACAGAUGAAAAGACGAUUAAUGAUGAUAGAAAAAAAUCUGAUUCAAAAUCACAUGGUUUUAAAUUAUCCACAACAACAGCAUCGUUAAAAAGAGAUUCAAUUAUUAAAUGGUCAGUACGUCAUCGACCAAACAAUACUAUGAUGACUACAACUAAUAAUAUUCCAUCUAUUGCUGAGUCGAAACAGAUGACAACAAGCAAGAAAAAUAUGGAUCCAAAUCAAAAUAUCAAUUGUUCCACGGAAUUAAAGAAUUAUUCAGAUUCUUCAAUGACUUUAGAAACUCCGUCAAUUACAGUUUCAAAAAAUGGAUCAUCUAGUCAUUCUCGACCAGGACGAUUCUUCCGUAGUCUAACAUUAAGGAUAGCUCGAAGUCAUACAAAUCAUCAUAAUAAUCGAAUUAUUUCUAGUAUACAAAAAUCCAAUCAUAAAUAUACUAAUAACACUAACUUUAAACCACAUAGAAUGAGUUUAUUGAAACCAAAUAAUAAUGAAGCUGAAUUAACUGAAGAAUUUAAUUCAUCUAAUCGAUUACAUACUUCUUCAUUAACCCAUUCUACAUCAUCAUCACCAACAACAAAACCUAGUCAUCCAUCUACAACACAACAACAACAUCAUCAUGAUAAUGAUGAAGUGAAUUGUGAUGAUGAUGACACGAUGAAAUGUCUUGUGUCAAUUAAUCCAGAUCCAUGGAUAACUAUGGAACCUGGAAAACAACAACAACGUAAGGAUUUGAUAUCAAAAUGCAAACGAUCAUUAUCCAGUGAAUUAGAUACUAAUAAAUUAAAACAACACCCUAAUCCUCUUCAUCAUUAUCCGUAUCAUCAUGGAUUUGAGUUUCCUACCAAUAAUAACACAUCGGCUAAUAAUCAGUCUAUCCCCGCUGGUUGUGGCGGUGGUGAUGGUUAUCAAAAAAAGACCGGAGUCGAACCGUGUUGCCUCGACCCUCCAACCUCGAAAACUGUGGUCAUAACUUCCGACAUGCAUAAAUUGAAAGCUUCAACUAUCACAACUCCAUCAUGUACAAUAUCAUUAUCACCGUCAUCCUCAUCAAUAACAACAACAACCUCAUCUCCACUGACAGUUACAACGAGAAUAAUAAAUUGGAAAACAACUACCUCAUCAUCACAAUUUAAAUCAUCUGAUGAACAUGAUUAUCAUACUUUUUAUUAUGGAAAGAAUGAAAAUCAAAAAUUAUGGAAACCACGUCGUUUACAUUUUGUAUUACGCCUCCCAAUUAUUGGAACUGAUCCACAUGUUUUAUUAAUACAAAUCAUUGAAUUAAUAAAACGUUAUCAAUGUUCUUAUGAAUUUCUUAGUUCAUAUCGUAUACGUUGUACAAAAUUAAUGAAUCCUCCUUCUUCUUCUUCUUCUUCUCAUCAACCCUCUCCUUGUUCAAAUGAUAAUAAUAAUAAUAACACUAUUGAUGAUGUUGAUGUUGACCAACAACUAGAACAUUGUACACUAACAACAUCACCUCAACAAAACCAACCCCAGCAACAACAACAACAACAACAACAGCCUCAAGUAUCUUAUCUAAUUCAUUUAAAACAUAAAACUAAUUUAAUCAUAUGGGAUAUGGAAAUAUUUCAAUUAGCUAAACCAAUUAAUUAUGGUGUACGAUUUAAACGCAUUUCAGGCAAUCGUAAUGCAUUCAAUAUUAUUAUGAAAUAUUUUAUUUUACAUACUACUAAUAUAACUUAAAUUCAUAUUAUCUAUCUAUUUACUAAAUCUAUUAAUGUGUAUGUAUAUGUAUGUAGUUGUGUUGAUUGUUCUCUCCCCCCUCUUUCUCUCUUUCUUUUUCCUACCUCUAUCCUUUGACAUAUUCUAAUUGAUUAUAUGAAUGUUUUGGUUCAUGUAUCCAUGUCAACAUUUACCACUUCAUUUUUCUUCUUCUUCUUCUUCUUGUUCUUGUUGUUGUUGCUAUGGCUGUUAUUGUCAAUAUUAUCAUUACAUUUAAGCUUCUUCUUCUGAUAUUAUUGAUCUCAUGUUUAGUAUUGUAACUAAGUAAAUGAUUAUUUAUAUCAUAUAAAUAAUAUAAUUUCUAUCUUUUAAAAUGAACUAUUGAGUAAUUCAUUGAAAUUUUAAUUAUGUUUAUACUUUUACCAAAACAAAAUAUAGAAAACCAAUAUUGUCAAUGUGUUGUAGGUCAUUCAAAAGAAAACGAUAUUCAUUUUAUUGUUUGUUUGUUUUACCAUGUUCUUUCUUUCAAAUAGAUUUUUAUUUUAUUUUAAACAAAUAAACAUCGAUCAAUGAUAUUUUAUUUGUUUAUUUUUUCUUUCUCUUUUUUCUUUUUUGUCGUCGUCGUUGUUGUUGUUGUUGUUUUCUGUAUAAUAUUAUCACAUACAUGUAUUUAUGUAUAUUGUUUUCUUUUCUUUCUUUUUUCUCUUUAAAUGAUUCAUUUUUCGCUAACUAUCUUAUUGUCAUGUAUAUGGAUGUGUUUAAAGUGUGUGUGUGUGUGUGAGUGAGUGUGAUAUCUUAGUUACAAUUGAUUUUCCACUAUAUAAUUGUUCUUCCAUAAGUUUGGUUUCCACUUCCUCCCUUUUUUUUGUUCUUAUCAGUUUGUUCAUCUAACAACUGAUUAUUUAUUUAUUAUUAUUAUUCAUAAUAUAACUUGUAAUUAUGAGACUGUAAUCAUAGAUUCAUUAAGCACAUGAUCUCAUUACAUGUCAGGUUUCUCAUUAUUAUUAUUAUUAUUUGUUUUUUUUUUCAUUUACCCCGGUCUUUAUUAGUUGGUUUGGUUUUGAUCUUUUGACCUUUACAAUCACAUAUUUUCUUGACUGACUUCUGUGUUGGUUUAUUUGUGAAUGUGUACAACUACAGUUAUUUGUCUGUGUAAACUUAUUCCCAUUGAAGAGUUCACAAUAUACACAUAUAAAUGUGAAUUAAAGUUAUCAAUUUGUGUAUUCCUUUUCUGCCUUAUCAACUAUAUGGAUCAAUUGAAUAAACAUGAAUGAAUAGUAGAAAUUAGUAGUAGGGUAUGAAAUUGUAAGAAUGAUAUACAUUUCUGUUAAGUUUUAUCUAUUUUUACUAAUGAAUUAUGCUGAUAUUUUCAUGUCAUAUAGUAUAUUUACUUUGUAUGCCAUGGAUAAUUAUUGAAUUUAUUCAAUUGUGUGUUUGAAAUGAUUCUUUCAAUUCCCUUUUAUUUUUAAUAAUAUCAUUCUAUAGGGGAAUUAUAUUUAAUGUCUCUUUAUUAGACUCCUUUAUAUGUAUCUAUUUCUAUCUAUAUUUAUGUAUGUAUUAUGUAAUAUGUGUGUGUGUAUGUGUGACAUUCUGUAGUCAUUUAUUCAUGAUCAUGCAAAGGUAACUUUUUUUCAUAUUGUAUGUAAGUAAAUCUAUGCUAAUUCUAUUGUUACAUUAUUUAUAUUGUGAGUCGCUUUUGUAUGUGUAUGUGUUGUUGUAGAUCCGGUCAUUGUUUUGUUCUUAUUCGAAUUACAUUUCUUUGUAAAACAAUAUUAGUUAUGAUAUAUAUAUAUGUAUUUUUUUUCAAACAAUAUUGUUGCUAAUAUGCCACGUUCUCCUCCUCUGCUCCCCUCCUCCUUAUUCAUCAUUUUACUAUCAACAGAAUAUUGAAACACUCUUUGAAAAUGAUAAAAAUAAAUAAAAUCUGUUUCACAUCGCU